AAAAAAAGAAAAUGAAUUUCGUAGAAAAAUGGAAGGCAUUUAUCGCAAUGGUGAGUGUCGAAUUCGGUUUAGCUGUAGUAAACAUAUUGUUCAAGAAAGCACUUGUCGGAGGGAUGGACCCUGUCGUUGUUCUUGUUUACAGACAAUCGAUCUCGACCGUCUUCUUGAUCCCCUUCGUCUAUUUCUUCGAAAGGACGAGUUGGGUUAAGCUGACAGCUUGUGUGAUUGGUCAGAUGUUCCUUUGUGCACUGCUCGGGUUGACACUAACUCAGUACCUAUUCUUGGUUGGGCUUGAUUAUACAACAGCAACAUUCACCUGUGCUUUCAUAAAUAUGGUCCCGGUUAUUACAUUCAUCUUAGCAUUGCCUCUCGGGAUGGAGAAAGUAAACACGAAGGGCAAAAACGGAAAAGCAAAAAUACUCGGGGCAUUGAUUUGCACCGCCGGUGCCUUAGUACUCUUACUCUACAAAGGCGCCGCGGUGAUAAACCCUAGGGGCAAUAUCGUAAUUACAACAAACCAUGAAAAUAUAAAUAAGACAAAGGGGUCGUCGUCUUCAUCAUACGGAACCGGUUCGGCAUUUCUAGCUGCAGGCAGCAUUGCUUGGUCUUCGUGGUUUGUUAUACAGUCGAAAAUCGGAAACAACUUUCCAUACCGAUACUCGAGCACGUGGAUCAUGUCUUUAUUUAGCGCCGUCCAAUCAGCUGUUUUGUGCUUCGUUGUGACUGAUAGAAAUUUUUCCAAGUGGAUUCCUAAAGGAGAGUUGCAGAUUAUUAGUGUUCUAUAUGGUGGUAUUGUGGGAUCAGGUAUAUGCUAUGUGGUGAUGUCAUGGUGUGUGAAACAAAGGGGAGCUGUGUUUACGUCGGCGUUUAGUCCACUGAUACAAGUUUUUGCUGCUGUUUUGGAUGUUUUAGUUCUGCAUGAAAAGAUUUAUUUUGGAAGCAUUUUAGGAUCAGUUGUGGUAAUUGUGGGCAUGUAUAUUCUUCUAUGGGGCAAAAGCAAAGAUGAAGACACUUGUAAUAACAAGUUAUUAAUCAUUCCUAAAACCCAGGAUUCACCACAAGAAGCUACCACCACUCAUUAAUGUUAUUUAAUUGCAUAAAUCAUUCGAUAUUAUGAUUUGUAACUUUGAUUUAAUUUUAUUUUAUCGAAAAUUAUAUUUAGAGAUAUUUUUCAUAUAAAUAAUGUCUGUAUAAUUUUAUUUUAUUUUUGACAAUUAAAUAUAAAUAAUGUUUUGUAU